AAUUAAUGAACGAAGCAUUGAAAACAAUAGUUAAAUUUUUGGAGUAGUCUGGUCUUUAAUAAUCAGCUCGUAAAUUGAAGGAAGAGAUAAGUAAAUAAAAUAUAAAUAAAUGUUUAAGUUAUGAUGAAAAAUGAAAUUGAAUGUGAGAAGUAAUAACAAUAAAUGCUAAUGAGUACAAAUAUUUGAAUUAUUGGAAAGACAUUAUAUGUUAAGCUUUAGAGUAGAAAAAGAAAGAAAAGAAGAAACCAGUGGUCGACAGAUAAGCAGUACGUAGAAAACCAAAAGUAUUUACAUAAGAGCAAACAGAACAAAUUAUGGAAAAGUUAAUGAAUAGAUUGGUGUCCAAACCUAAUUUAUUAGAAGAUGAGACACUUAAUGAGAAGAUUGAACGUUAUUUUGAUAAUGCAACAUUCUAAAAGAUGGUAGAUUAAGCAGAUGUAUUUCAUGAUAUUUCAAAUACUUCUAUUUCAAAUUCAAUUCUCAAAAAGAAAAAAACUGAAACAAGUGAAGAAUAAUAAUUAUUAUAAUAAUAAGCUCCUUGUUUUGGUAAAUGUAAUUAAUAUAGUUUUUACUAUUAUUUUAGAAAGUUAAGAAAGUGAUUAAAUAGUAUUUGGGAAAAUCUAAUAGCCAUUAUAACAUAAAAAAUAAUAAGUUCUCGAAAAGUCUCCUUCUGUAGAUGAGUUAUUUACAGAAGAAGAUGUCUCUAGAUCUGCUGCUAAACAUUAGUAAUUUGAAGGCAUAGAUACAGCUAAAAUGCCAUCUAUUAUAAGACCUGAAAGUGGAUGUAAUGAUUCAUCAUUCUUUCUUUAAAAUUCAUAAUCAUUUGUACUUCAUGAUAUGGAAGAAAAUAAAAAUAUAAUAGAUGAAUAUAAUGAUGAUGAUGAUCCAGGAUUUGAUUUGUAUGAGGUUGGUGAAAAAGAUUUUAUUAAAGUGGCUAAAUAAUUAGCAGAUAAGUUUGGUUUUCCAUAAAGAGCUAUUGCUUAACUUAAAAAGAAAAAAGAUGAGGUUAAUUGUGAGAAUGAAGAUGAUAGUGCAGUCUUAUUAAAAAGUUAAUAAAAAUCUUAAGAAGAAAGUAGGAAAGGAUAUAUUUAUCUACCUCCUACAUUAAAACAUCCAGAUUCUACAGAUGAUUUCUACCCUGUAGAAUUUGACAGAGUUAUUUAUGAUUGUUUCAAUCUCAAAGUUAUUUUUGAUAGGGAAAGAACUGGAUUUGAAGAAACAAAAGAUUUUCCUAUUGUGAUUAAUUCAAUUAUUGCUGGAAGAUAUCAAAUAUUAGAAUAUUUAGGAUCAGCUGCAUUUUCAAAAGCAGUAAAAUGUUUAGAUUUACAAUCAUAAAAGGAAGUAUGUAUGAAGAUAAUUGAAAAUAACAAAGAUUAUAUGGAUUAAAGUAUUGACGAAAUUAAAUUAUUGAGAUAUAUAAAUUGUAAUGGAGAUUGUGAUGUUAAGAAUGUGCUCAGAUUAUAUGAUUUCUUUUAUCAUAAAGAGCAUUUAUUUUUAGUUACUGAAUUAUUAAAAGAUAAUCUUUAUGAAUUUUAUAAAUAUUAUAGAGAAAAAGAGAAAGUAAACUAUUUUACAGUUGGUAGAUUAUAGAAAGUAAUAAAAUAUAAAAUUUAUUUAGUUGACAAAAUAAAUCUUAAUUGCUUUAGAUUACAUACAUUCCCUCAAAUUAAUUCAUUGUGAUUUGAAACCUGAAAAUAUAUUAAUGAAAUCUAUAAGUAAAUGUGAAUGUAAAGUAAUUGAUUUUGGAUCAUCAUGUUUUAUACAUGAUCAUUUGAGUAGUUAUGUUUAAUCAAGAAGUUAUAGAGCACCUGAAGUUAUAAUUGGAUGCAAAUAUGAUUAUAAAAUAGAUAUGUGGUCACUUGGAUGUAUUUUAGCAGAACUAUGGACUGGAUAUGUGUUAUUUUAAAAUGAUACUGUAUAAGGAUUAUUAGCUAGAGUAAUAGGUAUAAUUGGUCCAUUUCCAGAAAAUAUGAUGAAGGAUGGUAGAUUAGUUAAUUAAUUCUUCACAAAAGAGAAAUUAUUAUAUCAGGAUGCUAUGGAAGAUUAAUAAUAACAUUAUCCUAAUCCUGAUAUGUCAGAUGCUUCUGUAAAAAGAAAAAAAACUGGAUUAAUUCAAAUAUUGGUUCCUAAAAAAUCAAAUCUAAAGGCUAGACUUAAAACAGAUGACAUGUUCUUUUUAGAUUUUGUUAAAUAGUUAUUACAUAUUGAUCCUUCAAAAAGGUAUGAAAAAGUUUAUUUAUUUUAUUAGACCUUCAGCUAAAGAUGCCCUCUAUCAUCCAUGGUUUACAUAAGCAUAAUAUCCUGAUGGAUUAUGA